UGUUAAAUUAGGACGAGUAUAUGGGACUCGUUUCAUUCACAGAGCAUCAUUCGGCAGAGGUGGCGGGAGAACUUCACCCUUCAGCACAAUUCCCAGCGACACUUCGCCGUCUCAGACAUUGGGAAGGUCCACAGGAGGAAGAAUGUUUCUUGUUCUGCUCUUUGCGACAAUGUUUGAAGGGCAGGUCACAACAAACACUGCCCUAUGUGGUAACUGGGAGAUUCUCAAAGAUCUGUGCGCCGUGUGGUCGUUGCGAAAUGUUGGUCUGAUCUACAGCGGAUCCUUCGAACACGAACUACGCGAGAGUCACGCCCUGAAAGAAACAGUCGAGAAGCUGGGAGACGUGGGAGUGAGCGUUAGUAUCCACAAACCACCAGAGCUUCUGUAUGCACAUACGUUCACAGAUGUCACCCUCGUCGCCUUCAUUGUUUUGUCACAGGACAGCUCGACUCUGCUGUACCUCCAACAGGCACGUAAUAUAUUGAGUUAG